CAGUGAUGUGUGUGGGGUGUGCGUGAGUAGAGGGUUGUAUGCACACAGACAGCACUGAGAAGACGGUGCCCCGGGGCUGCUAUGUCCGUUCUGUGAUCUCACCAGACAGGAGGUCAAGACGUGGGCCGCUGUCAGUCACUGCUGUCUGUUGUUUCCAGAGGUUACGGGUGCACCUACUUCAGCUGCACGUCUGCCCACACCAGCACUGGCGACGGCACGGCCAUGAUCACCAGGGCAGGCCUUCCUUGCCAGGACCUAGAGUUUGUUCACUUCCACCCCACAGGCAUAUAUGGUGCCGGUUGUCUCAUUACAGAAGGAUGUCGUGGAGAGGGAGGCAUUCUCAUUAACAGUCAAGGUGAAAGGUUUAUGGAGCGAUACGCCCCCGUGGCGAAGGACCUGGCGUCUAGAGAUGUGGUGUCUCGGUCGAUGACUCUGGAGAUCCGCGAAGGAAGAGGCUGUGGCCCUGAGAAAGAUCACGUCUACCUGCAGCUGCACCACCUGCCUCCAGAGCAGCUGGCCACGCGCCUGCCCAGCAUUUCAGAGACAGCCAUGAUCUUCGCUGGUGUGGACGUCACGAAGGAGCCGAUCCCUGUCCUCCCCACCGUGCAUUAUAACAUGGGCGGCAUUCCCACCAACUACAAGGGGCAGGUCCUGAGGCAUGUGAAUGGCCAGGAUCAGAUUGUGCCCGGCCUGUACACCUGUGAAGAGGCCGCUUGUGCCUUGGUACAUGGUGCCAACCGGCUUGGGGCAAACUCGCUCUCGGACCUGGUUGUCUUUGGUCGGGCAUGUGCCCUGAGCAUCGAAGAGUCAUAUAGGCCUGGAGAUAAAGUCCCUCCAAUUAAACCAAAUGCUGGGGAAGAAUCUGUCAUGAAUCUUGACAAAUUGAGAUUUGCUGACGGAAGCAUAAGAACAUCGGAACUUCGACUCAGCAUGCAGAAGUCAAUGCAAAAUCAUGCUGCUGUGUUCCGUGUGGGAAGCGUGUUGCAAGAAGGUUGUGGGAAAAUCAGCAAGCUCUACGGAGACCUGAAGCACCUGAAGACGUUUGACCGGGGAAUGGUCUGGAACACGGACCUGGUGGAGACCCUGGAGCUGCAGAACCUGAUGCUGUGUGCGCUGCAGACCAUCUACGGAGCAGAGGCGCGGAAGGAGUCACGGGGCGCACACGCCAGGGAAGACUACAAGGUGCGGAUUGAUGAGUACGAUUACUCCAAGCCCAUCCAGGGGCAACAGAAGAAGCCCUUUGAGGAGCACUGGAGGAAGCACACCCUGUCCUAUGUGGACGUCAGCACUGGGAAGGUCAGUGGGGAGCUCGUUCUCACCACAGCCCAGAACGCGCACGGCCCCGCCCAGGUUCGCGGGCUGACCUUGCUGAUGGUGAACGGGGAGGAGCAGGCCAGGUUUAAAUCAACUCCUGACAGAUUUGAGGCACCACUGAAAAAGGCACUCUGACAGCAGUCAGGCUUCUGGCUGGAAACAGAAUCCAGUGCCUGCAAGUGGUUCAGAGGAGCCUUGAGGAAGGGUUGCUCCGUGGUGUGGGCCAGAUGGAAGUCACUGGGCAGGAGCAAGUGUCCAAGGCCUGGUGGCGGGGGAGGAGAGGAGGAUUGUGGACUUAGGGAGAAAGUCAGCGUCUGUGGGAUGGGGACACAGCCACUACCAGAAACCAGUCCCAAGCCAAGGGAGCCCGGAAGAGACCCCUCCCCUCUCCUCCCUUGGGCUGGCCCAACCGGAAGCAUCUGCAGGGGAGCUGAGGUGAUGUGGUGCAGCCCUUAGCAUCCCCUGGGCACUGAGCAAGCAGAGAAGGGAAGGGCAGAAAUUGAGGAGGGGUUGUGGUGAGCAGUGUCCUGGGAACAGCCAGCCAAGGGUGUGGUAGGGGGGUUGCAGCCUUGUUCCACACAAGCACAGUUCACCUGUGUGGCAUUUCCGCUGGGCAUUAAGAUUCAGAAAUAACGAAGAUAGAAAGCUUUUACCCUUAAGCUUUUCAUAGCUUGUAAGAGAUAGUCGUAUAAUCACUUAGCUGUGUCUGUGGAAGUUACCUUUGGACUCUCACUAUCAUGUAGUGUGUCUGUAAUUCAGGCAGUAGGUCAUUUUCAGGAUGUAUCAUGAAGGCCAUUUCCUGAUAAUAUAUAGAAAUCACACUUCACUCGCUUAGCACAAGUCUAUUUUUAACGUUUCCAGGUUUGGGUUUUUUCUUUUGUUUUUGUUUUUCUGAGAUAGGGUCUCAUGUCUGUUGCCCAGGCUGAAAUGUGGUGGGUCGAUCUUGUCUCACUGCAGCCUCAACCUCCCCCUGGCUCAGGUGAUCCUCCCACCUCAGCCUCCCAGGCACAUGCCACCAUGCCUGGCUAAUUUUUGUAUGUUUUGUAGAGACGGGGUUUUGCCACGUUGCCUAGGCUAGUCUUGAACUCAAGUGAUCCACCUGUCUUGGCCUCCCCAACAGGCAUGAACCAACAUGCUCAGCCAGUUUUAGUGAUUUCUCAAGAAAUACAUACUCAUUUCAGAAAGUACAGAGAGAUUGAAAUAAGAGCUCACUAACCAGAGAUGACCCAUUAUGGUUUAAAUUUCUUUGUAUAUGUGCCUACCUUUUCCUGUGUGUGCAUUUUUAAUACACAGCUAGAGUAUUCCUUCUCUGAAAUCCUUGGAACCAGAAGUGUUGCGGAUUUCAGGCUUGUUCAGACUUUGGAAUAUCUGCAUGAUACUUACUGU